AUGGCGAAUCCAAUUCAAGAGAUUGUGGAGAAGCAAGUUUUGACGGUGGCGAAAGCUAUGGAGGAUAAGCUUGACGAAGAGAUCGCGUCUCUUGAAAAGCUCGACGAAGACGAUCUAGAGGUUUUGAGAGAGAAAAGGUUACAACAGAUGAAGAAAAUGGCGGAGAAGAAGAAACGUUGGAUGAGUCAUGGACAUGGAGAAUAUUCCGAGAUCCAUUCAGAGAAAGACUUCUUCUCCGUUGUUAAAGCUAGCCAACGCGUCGUCUGCCAUUUCUACCGCGAGAAUUGGCCCUGUAAAGUGAUGGAUAAGCACUUGAGUAUAUUGGCAAAGGAACACAUUGAGACACGUUUCGUGAAGAUCCAAGCUGAGAAAAGUCCAUUCUUGGCUGAGAGGCUCAAGAUUGUUGUUCUUCCGACACUUGCCCUCAUCAAGAACACUAAAGUGGAUGAUUAUGUGGUUGGGUUCAAUGAGCUGGGAGGGAAAGACGAUUUCAGCACGGAGGAUCUGGAAGAGAGGUUAGGUAGAGCUCAAGUGAUACAUUACGAGGGAGAAUCAUCUCUUAAACCGAAGUCUACUACACAAACUAGGAGGAGCGUAAGGCAGAGUGCAGUUUCAGAUUCUGACUCGGAAUAA